AUGAAGUAUCGUCGUCUUUUCGCUUGCAUCGUGCUGGGUAUCGUGACAUUCUCGCAGCAUGGGAACGCAAAUCCAAAGCCGGACUUUGCUGUACCGGCACGCAUGACCGGAGUCGCCAGCGGAAGCCUCGAUUCGACCGGAAACGUGGUACAAAACACGAACCGCAUCCUGAGUCUGCUUGACCAGUUUCAAUCGAUCACCGAAACGCUGUACGGUUUGCAAACUCCCGACCUGUACCGGUUGGCAACGGGCUUUCGGCUGGUGCUGGACAGCCUGGUAGAGUCCGGCAGCCCCAUCUUUCAGGCCCUGUCGAACGCGGCUCGUCUCUCCAGCGGUAACAUAACGACUGUUUUCGACGGGAUCCGGCGUAGCAUUAAUGCAACGAUUGCGUUGAACGAGCUGCACCAGCAGACGAUCAACGGGACGGGCCUGCUGCUCGGGACGGCGGGCGUACAAAACAUCAGCAUCGUGCUGGACCAACUGGUGCGUAAUGUGGCCAACCUGAGUGUUGCUCUGGACGAGAUCGAACCGACACUGGUAGAGAUCCAGCAGUUGUCCCGCCCCAGCCAGGCACUGGUUGACAGCAGGUACCCGCGGAACGGCAUUCGGAAGUUGAACGGUGUCCUGCUGGACUACGUCAACAUUGGGAGGUCCACGGUACCGCAAAUCAACGCCGUUGUCAAUCGUAUCCGCAUGAUGGAUGGUUUCAUCGCCCGGCUAACUUCGGUAACGAGCGGGCUGCGAAACUAUCUGAACAGUACCCUCGCCAACGUGAACGGGACCGUCCACAACGGUGUUCAGCUGCGGCUGCAGACCGCCAUCCGCACGAUUCGUACGAGCUUCAGUUCCAAUGUAAUUGGGGCUACGAGGAAACUGAAACUAUUCUUUCUCGACGAUCUGGACACCGUUCGGUUAGUGGCGCAGAACGCGAGCGAACUGCUUGUCAAUCGUCUCAGCAACGUCACCCAAUCACUGGACGAACUUGUCAACCGCACCACGGUACAGAUGGACGGACACGAAACGGAAUGGGUGUUGAACAGUACCAUCGCUACCGUCUCACAACUUGCCUGGAGAAUGGCCCUCUCCGUUACCUCAUCCGUCCCGCAGGCAGACACUUGCUAUUCGAAGUAUAACUACGAGUUCGACAAGUUGCCGCGGCUUAUCUACGGCACACUAUCGAGCUGCGGCCAGGAGGAGGUCCGCACGUUACAGAGUGUGGCUAGUGCACUCGUCGGUUUUCUUGGAGUCGUUCAGGCGCAGCUCGACUCGGAAACAAACCAAUACAACCAAUGCCUGAAUGGUGUAACUCCAAGUUCUUCCGAUGCAUUAAAGCUCCAGCGUGCCGUUUGCCUGCAGGGAGCUCAAAGACUCUCGGACAUCUGGGGCGACAAAGUGGUCGAUAAUCAACUGCAAGCGUUUGAAGGAUUAGUGCGCGAUGAGGUAUUUUACAGUGCCGAGCGACAUCGUCAGUGUGUACGAACGAGUUACCUGUUGAUGAUUUCCGAGGUAAACAAUCUGUGGAACGCAGUUGCAAAUUGUUUGAAUUAA